UAACCGGCGCGCAAAGCCCCACGACGUUAGGGUUUUUAGCUUUUGACACCUUGACUCCCCUUAAUACUACUUCUAAGAGUUCUAACCACUCUACGCUUUCUCUGCCAUUUUUCUCCUGUUUCAUUUCACUCACUCAAAACCUCAAACUUUCUUUUCACUUUCCAAACAAUCAAACAUGCAAGCUUGUUCUGGAGCAGCAACUCCAUCAAUGGUGGGUUCAAUCCACCGCACAAAAAUCUCUCCUUUUCCCUCUAAUUUUCCUCAAAAAGGGUUUAAUAAUAAUCUUACUUUUACUGAUAAUUCUAUCUAUUUUUCAAAACACCUUUCUCGAUUUUCUUUUGUUUCUAAUAGUUUGGUUACUGGUCGACCACCCUCUUCUGUCUCUGUUCCUGCUCCUAAUAUUGAAGAUGAUCUAACCAGCUUCAAAGAUAGUGAGCUGAGCGAUGCUGAUCCAGAAGUGCACAGCAUCAUUGGAAAGGAAAAGGAAAGGCAGUUUAAAAGCCUGGAACUUAUUGCCUCAGAAAACUUUACAUCAAGAGCCGUCAUGGAGGCUGUUGGUUCUUGUCUCACUAACAAAUAUUCUGAAGGAUUACCGGGUAAAAGGUAUUAUGGUGGCAAUGAACAUAUUGAUGAGCUCGAAACCCUCUGCCAGCAGAGGGCUUUGGAGGCAUUUCACCUGGACGGGCAAAAGUGGGGUGUAAAUGUUCAACCGCUGUCUGGUUCUCCUGCUAAUUUUGAGGUUUAUACUGCACUUUUGAAUCCACAUGAUCGUAUCAUGGGUCUAGAUUUACCUCAUGGAGGGCACUUGUCUCAUGGUUUCAUGACUCCUAAAAGACGAGUUUCAGGCACAUCAAUUUAUUUUGAAUCCAUGCCUUAUCGGCUUGAUGAAUCUACAGGUCUGAUUGAUUACGACAUGCUUGAGAAAACUGCUACUCUAUUUCGACCAAAACUCAUAAUAGCUGGUGCCAGUGCAUAUCCUCGAGAUUUUGAUUACCCUCGUAUGAGGAAGAUUGCAGAUGCUGUUGGUGCUUUUCUUAUGAUGGACAUGGCACAUAUAAGUGGGCUUGUUGCUGCCUCUGUGGUUGGUAACCCAUUUGAGUAUUGUGAUGUGGUCACAACUACAACUCACAAGUCUCUACGGGGUCCUAGAGGUGGAAUGAUCUUCUACAAGAAGGAUACCAUUUUUGGAGUUGAUUUAGAAUCUGCCAUUAAUAAUGCUGUCUUUCCUGGCUUACAGGGUGGCCCACAUAAUCACACCAUAGGAGGACUAGCUGUUUGCCUGAAGCAUGCUCAGUCUGCAGAGUUUAAGGCGUACCAAAACAAUGUGGUCUCUAACUGUAGAGCUCUUGCAAGCCGAUUGGUUGAAUUGGGAUACAAACUAGUCUCUGGUGGGAGCGACAACCAUCUUGUUCUAGUGGACUUAAGGCCAUUGGGAACUGAUGGUGCCCGAGUUGAAAAGAUCCUGGACUUGGCUUCUAUCACACUUAAUAAGAACUCUGUUCCUGGUGAUAAAAGUGCUCUAGUGCCUGGUGGUAUACGUAUUGGGGCACCUGCCAUGACAACCAGAGGGUUCAAAGAGAGUGAGUUUGUUGCUACAGCUGACUUUAUUCAUGAGGGCAUCCAGUUAACUCUUGAAGCAAGCAAGUUAAUUCCGAAAACAAAGCUCCAAGAAUUCUUGAAGUUUGUGGCAUCUCCUGACUUUCCCUUGAGAGAUCGUUUAUCAGACCUUCAGAAGAGAGUCGAAGUUCUAACCACCCAGUUCCCAUUGCCUGGAUUGUGAAGGUUUUGAUGCAACUUCUUUAAGGAUAGUAUCUUAUACCUAGAUGAAAUGAUCCACAGUUAGAGAGAAGCAUUGAUGCUUGUGGUUGUAUCCUAUCUGGUGCUGAAUAACAUGAAACUCUGACAAGUAUUUGUAUGCGACUGUAUACAUAUCAGCGCAGGCCACAGGGUUUAUUUGUUGUAUCCCUUAUAUCAAGAAGGGCAAUUCGAUAAGUUUUGCCCGUAUGUGAACUUCUGUGGUGAUAUCUAUGAACCUUAGAGCUGUAAUGUGGUUACUUGAAUUGGUCUUAUGUAAGUGAUGGUUUCACCUUGCUCA